AACAUCCUCGACGAUAGAAACUAGGCAUGAACACGUCGUUGUGAGGUGAUGGAGAAGUGUCACUGCUAUCAAUCUAGCAUGUGCUGAAUGCUCGUUCCAGAGAUAUUUCUACUUGUUGGUUGUAUGUAAUGUAUGUCUGUGGCUGGGUGAAACUGAAAAUCAGUGAUAUAUGCAACAACUGUUCAGUGCGUUGCGUCGUUUGUUGUGUGGAGGGUGUUGCAACAAAGAACGAGCGUUUUUGUUUUCCGAGAUGGCCAGUUUGAGAAUUAAUGGCCAGUUGUCUGAAGAUCAUACCGCAUUUUUCAUGUGUGAUGUACAGGAAAAAUUUAGAGGUGUCAUUGCAUAUUACGACGCGGUUAUCAGCGUGGCUGAUAAAAUGGUGAAAACAGCAAAAAUAUUGAAUAUACCUUUGAUAGUGACUGAGCAGUACCCAAAGGGCUUGGGACGCACUGUAUCUGAGCUAGAUAUCAGCCAUGCAUAUCUUGUGGAAGAAAAAACGAAAUUCAGUAUGAUAACUCCAGUAGUUACUCAAGCUAUGCAGGAAAUUUGCAAAGGAGCUGUGAAAGCUAUAGUACUUUUUGGCGUGGAGGCUCAUGUUUGUGUGGAACAGACUGCAGCAGAGUUACUAGCCCAUGGUAUGCAGGUGCAUGUUGUUGCUGACUGUACAUCGUCACGGUCACAAGAAGAUCGUUUCCUGGCUCUUCAUAGAAUGAGUCAGAUGGGUUGUUACAUCACCACCAGUGAAACAGUUAUAUUCAAAUUGCUUGGUGAUAAGAACCACCCUAAGUUUGCUGAAAUAAGGCCAUUGAUCAAAACUCCAUCACCACCAACAGGAUUGGUUAAUUACUCUAAAAUGUGUAACUAAUAUAUCCACUGAAGGGGCACUACUGCUUUUUAUUAAAUUCUUGUAAUGUGUGGAUUCCAGAAAUAUUUGGGUAGAGGGAAAUCAGUAAAAAUUUAUGGAACAAGUUGAUGUUCUUGUACUUGGUGAGAAUACAUUGAUGCAUGCAAUUUGAUUAUCUGUUGUUAUUUAACAAGAUUGUGCUGUGAUAAUUGUAACAUAAUUGGUAUCUUCAGUAAAAAACACCUAAUUCAACUCAUUUACAGGGAGGGUAAGGACAUGAUCACAUAGAAGAAAAGAAAAAGCAGAAAAGGAAAUGUCAUUGAAUUUAACUGCAUUCAUUAUCAGUCAUUCUGACUGAAAUGUUAACCAGUGCUAAUAAGUUAUCCUUAUUGCACCUACUCAAUGUUUUUCCAUGUCAAGUAUUUCAUUUCAUUUUUAACUACCACAUUAUAGACUUAAGUUUUGUAUGAAAAUAUGAUUUCGUAAACUCAUAUCAGAUUCUCAAUCAUUUUCCUUUUUAUUGUAGACAGAUACAGAACAUAGUUUCUGGCCACUAUUUAGUAAUUGUGUUAUCAGAUGUUGUGUAGUUUUUAUGAUUUUGCCACAAAUAUAUGCAAUUAAACCUGCAUUAGCUAUCAUUAUAUAA